CACUAAAAUUCACAACAUCAGGAAAAUACAAAGGUUUUGGCCAAAGAAUUAAGUGGGCGUUUUUUCUUUUUUUCGAUAACUAGUAUUUAAAUGAUUAGAUCAACUGUUUGUUUUUUACGCACUACAAAGCCUUGACAAGAAUGACGCGCUGGCCCACUAUUUAUUGUUUCUGCAGUAAGGAUUCACCCUCUUCAGAAAAUUAUUGUGUAACUUAUCUGCAGGUAAUCGUUGUUUUGAGCUCAAAAAGCACCUCGUAGCUGUAUGUAAACCAGGGAGCGAAAUGAACGGCUUUUUCACCGAUGCAAUUCGGUUACCGACGUUCACCAAAAAGAUCCGUUCAAAAACAACCUGUCGUUAUCGAACGACCCAUCACUAGUUGAAACAGGAAAUAUUUGUAUAAGGAAGUAGAGGAAGUAACGGACGUUAUCGUCGAAGAAACAUGUUUCAGAGCUGAGUGAGUUUUGACUUCCAUCUAAUAUGAGUCUCUCUGGGGAGAGGGAGGAGGAGACCACUGCCUCUAAAAUGAGUCUCUCUGGGGAGAGAAAGGAGGGGACUACUGCCUCUAAAAUGAGUCUCUCUGGGGAGAGAGGGGAGGAGACCACUGCCUCUAAAAUGAGUCUCUUUGGGGAGAGAGAGGACGGGACCACUGACUCUAAAAUGACUCAAGACACCAGUUCAAAGCGUGUCCAGAAGCCCAGAGCAGAGUCACCUACAACCAGCCUGCUAUCAAUGAAGAGUGAUCAGCCACCUGCUUUCAGCCAGGAACCAUUACCAGAUGACAAUAAUGAAGUGGAGAGUUUGGACAGUGAGGAUGUAUUAAAGAUCACACACAACCUUCUGGACAGAAGAAGUCAAACUCUGCUGAUAGUCCAACAAGACAUUAAGGCUAAACUGAAACACAAGUAUCAACACAUAUCUGAAGGAAUUGGACACCAUGGAAAUCAAAGUUUGUUCAAGGACAUCUACACAGACCUCUACAUCACAGAGGGUGGAAGUGGAGGGGUCAGUAAUGAACAUGAGGUUAGACAGAUAGAGAUGGCAUCCAAGAAACGAACCACACAAGAGACACCAAUCAAAUGCAACGACAUCUUCAAGCCUUUACCUGGACAAGACAAACCAAUCAGAACUGUGCUGACCAAAGGAAUCGCUGGCAUUGGAAAAACAGUCUCUGUUCAGAAGGUCAUCCUUGACUGGGCAGAGGGAAAAGCAAAUCAGGACGUUCAUUUCAUGCUUCCUCUUCCUUUCCGUGAUCUAAACCUGAAAAAGGACCAAUACAGUCUGAUGCAACUUCUUUCCCACAACUUCUCAGAGAUGAAAGAGAUUGACAGCAUUGAAGAUGGUGAAACCAAAACUGUUUUCAUUUUUGAUGGUCUGGAUGAGUGUCGACUUUCUCUAGACUUCAAAAACAAUGAGAAGUGCUGUGAUGUCACGAAGCCAACCUCAGUGGACGUGCUGCUGACAAACCUCAUCAAGGGGAAUUUGCUUCCCUCUGCUCUACUCUGGAUAACUUCACGACCUGCAGCAGCCAAUCAGAUCCCUCCUGAGUGUGUUGACCAGAUGACAGAGGUACGAGGGUUCAAUGAUCCACAGAAGAAGGAGUACUUCAGGAAGAAAAUAACAGAUCAGAAACUGGCCAAUGAAAUCAUCAAACACAUGAAGACAUCAAGGAGCCUCCACAUCAUGUGCCACAUGCCAGUGUUCUGUUGGAUAUCAGCCACUGUCCUUGAGAUGAUGCUGAAAGAGGCAGAGAAGGAUGAAGUCCCCAAAACUCUGACCCAGAUGUACUCACACUUCAUUCUCAUCCAAAUCAUUGCGAAGAACAAGAAGUACCACAAAGCCACAGAGACAAACGCAAAGGAACUGUCUCAGUCAGACAAAGAGAUGAUCCUGAAACUGGCAAAACUUGCUUUCCAACAGCUGCAGAAGGGCAACCUGAUCUUCUAUGAGGAGGAACUGAGAGAGUGUGGCCUUGAUGUCACAGAGGCAUCAGAGUACUCAGCAUUGUGUACAGAGAUCUUUAAAGAGGAAUCUGGGCUGUACCAAGACAAGGUCUACAGCUUUGUGCAUCUGAGCAUUCAGGAGUUUCUAGCAGCAGUGCAUGCUUUAGAAUCAUGUCUGAACAAGAAGGAAAAUGUUUUCCCCACUAGUGAUGAUGAAGAGAAGGAGUCAAUCCAGUUGUCUGACUUCCACAGGAGAGCAGUGGACCAGGCCUUGAAGAGUGAGAAUGGACACCUGGACCUGUUCCUCCGCUUCCUUCUGGGUCUCUCACUGGAGUCCAAUCAGAAUCUGUUACGAGGCCUUCUGACACAGACAGGAAGUACAACACAGACCAAUGAGGAAACAGUUGAGAGAACAGUCAGGUACCUUUCAGACAAGAUCAAGGAGGAAUCCUCACCAGAAAGGAUCAUCAACUUGUUCCACUGUCUGAAUGAACUUGGUGCCAACUCUCUAGUUGAAGACAUGCAGACCUCCCUGCAUUCAGGAACUCUUUCAGAAACAAGACUAAAACCUGACCAAUGUUCAGCCCUGGCCUACCUGUUACUGAUGUCAGAGGAGGUGCUGGAGGAGUUUGACCUGAAGACAUACAACACAUCAGAGAAAGGUUAUCAGAGGUUGCUGCCCGUAGUGAAAACCUGCAAGAGAGCACUACUGGAUGGCUGUAAACUCACAUAUAAAUCCUGUGAGACUCUGGCCUCAGCUCUGCAGACACCAAACUCCCCCCUGAGAGAACUGGACCUCAGCGACAAUGACCUGGGAGACAGAGGAGUGGAGCUGCUCUGUGUUGGACUAACCAGUCCACUAUGCAACAUACAGACACUAGUACUGGUUGACUGUAAAAUCACACAUGAAUCCUGUGAGACUCUGACCUCAGCUCUGCAGACACCAAACUCCUUGAGAGAACUGGACCUCAGCUACAAUGACCUGGGAGACAGAGGAGUGGAGCUGCUCUGUGUUGGACUAACCAGUCCACUCUGCAACAUACAGACACUAGUACUGGUUGACUGCAAAAUCACAUAUGAAUCCUGUGAGACUCUGGCCUCAGCUCUGCAGACACCAAACUCCCCCCUGAGAGAACUGGACCUCAGCUACAAUGACCUGGGAGACAGAGGAGUGGAGCUGCUCUGUGUUGGACUAACCAGUCCACUCUGCAACAUACAGACACUAGUUCUAGGUCAGUGUGGUCUGACAGAGGGUUGCUGUUCAGAUCUGGCCUCAGUCCUGAGUUCACCCAACUCACAACUGAAACAACUGGAGCUGAGAGACAAUGACCUGCAGGACUCAGGAGUUACACUGCUGUCUGCUGGACUGGAGGAUCCAGACUGUAAACUACACACACUGGGGCUGUCUGGCUGUCUGGUCACAGAGGAGGGCUGUGCUGCUCUGUCUUCAGCUCUGAGGUCAAACCCCUCCCACCUGAAAGAGCUGGACCUGAGCUACAAUCACCCAGGAGACUCUGCAGGGGGACUGCUUUCAGCUGCUCUGGUGGAUCCCACAUAUAAACUGAUGAAGCUGAAUGUGGAUCAUGGUGGAGAGUGCAGGCUGAAAUCAGGGCUGAGGAAAUAUGCCUGUCAUCUCACCCUGGACCCAAAUACAGCAAACCCAAACCUGAUACUGUCUGAGGGGAACAGGAAGGUGACACGGGUGGUGGAGAAGCAGCAUUAUGAAGACCAUCCAGACAGAUUGGAUCAUCCCCAAGUUCUCUGCAGAGAAGGCUUAUCUGGAGGUCGUUAUUACUGGGAGGUGGAGAGGGAUGGUGACGGGGCUUUCAUUGGUGUGGCGUACAAAGGAAUGAAGAGGAAGGGACGGGAGGAUGACCGUAGGAUUAGACACAAUAAGGAGUCCUGGUGUUUAGUCUGCUAUGAUAGUGCUUAUAACUUUUACCAUAAUGGAGUCAUCAGAUACAGUGAACCAGAUACUUGUCCUGAUUCUGACAGAGUUGGAGUGUAUCUGGACUGGCCAGCUGGUACUUUGUCCUUCUAUAGUGUGUCCUCCUCUGGUACACUGACACACCUUCACACAGAACACACCACAUUCACUGAACCCCUCUAUCCUGGGUUUAUAAUGUACUCCUCCGACUACACCUCAUUGACCCUGUGUCAGAUCGAUGACCAACACAUUCAGAGGUGA